AUGGGUAAGAGAAAGGGUGACGGACAGUCCAAGGGAAAGGCCAAGAAGUUUAAGGUUGGAGGGUUUAUCGACCCUGCUACCAGCGGAGUCUACGCUACUUGUACCAGAGGUAAGGAACAACAAUGUCGUAAAGAGUUGAUGAAUCUUUUCAGUGAGAAGAUUGAACAAUACUUUGACUUGAGUAAGGUUGAAGAAGAGGGCGAAGAGGAAGAGACGAAGAAAGAACUCUCGAUCGAAGAACAGAUCCAAAAGGAACUUGGCGAACUUAAGGAAACAAAGGACUCCAAGAAAGAAUUCCUUAAGCCCAUUGAUCUUGGAUGUGAAUGUCUUGUAUUCAUCAAGACCAAAAGACCUAUUGAACCAGAAACCUUGGUGCAGAAUAUCUGUAAAGAGUGUGCUACUCUGGCCCAAAAGACUACCAGAUAUACCCAGAGAUUGACUCCAAUCACGAUGUCAGCUCUGCCUACUAUUGAAGAGUUGAUGAAGUUGGCCCGAAGAGUGUUGAAGCCACACUUUCAUAAGGAAGAGGGACAAGAGCCAGUGAAGUUUGCCAUCCAGGUAUCCAAGCGUAACUUUAAUGCAUUGUCCAAGGGUGACAUCAUCAAGAGAGUUGCUGAAUGUGUUGGACAAGACCAUGGUCAUAAGGUUGAUUUGAAGAACUAUGAUAAAUUGAUCAUGAUUGAAGGGUACAAAAGUAAUAUUGGAAUGAGUGUUGUUGAUGGUUACGAUGAGUUGGAGAAGUUUAAUUUGCAACAAAUUUUCGAUAAGACAUUCGGUGAAGAUGAAGAUGGUGAAAGUAGAGUUAAGAAGAGUGGUGUUAAGGAGGAAGAUAAAGAGGAAAUAAAUGAUGAAGAAGCAGAAGAGAAAAAGGAGGAAGAGGUACUGGAGUCCAAGGAAUAA